AUGUCUACAAUCAGCGGUCUCAUCGAACGACAACAAGAACUCUUCACCUCUAUCAGCCGGACAGUUAUUAAUUUGAAAAAAAAGGGCGAAGCCAAUAUCACCGAAACCUACGUCAAAGCACGUCUUUCUAUUCUGACGGACAACUGGGCAGCGUUCCAGCACAAUCACGCAACAAUUUCGGACCAGAAAACUGAGGCCACGAAAAAACUGAGUUAUUUCGUCGACGAUCUUCGAACUCAGUGCGAAGAAAUGGUCAUCGAAAAUCAGUCAAUACUCAACGACUAUUUGGCUCGCUUCACACCGGCCGCUCCAACGUCUCGAAGCGCAGAUUCUCAUCUCAUCGCACCCGGCGAACGGUCAGUAACUCAAUCACGUUCUUUACCAAAACUUGAAUUACCUCACUUCUCCGGGAUUUACAAGGAAUGGACGCCGUUUCGCGACUUAUUUCACUCCAUCGUUAUCGCAAACUCGUCCAUUUCCGACGUGGAGAAAUUUCAUUAUUUGAAAAUGAGCGUCACGGGUGAAGCGGCCCAGUUAAUCAGCAACAUGUCCGUUACCGUCGAGAAUUUUGAACUCGCUUGGCGCGCCCUUUCUGACCGCUACGAUAACCGUCGCGUCCUAGUCAACACGCAGCUCGAGUUGUUGUUUUCUAUCAGACGAAUACAGCGCGAAUCCGCAAACGAACUCAAACGGUUACAUGGCACAACAAACGAAGUCCUUGGCGCGCUUAGCGGUCUUAAAUGUGAUACUAAAAACUGGGAUCCCAUCAUAGUAUACUGGGUGUCGCGUAAAUUUGACCCUAACACCUUGCGGGAAUGGGAACUACAUACUGGUAACUCAACCGAGACUCUUACAGUUACGCAAUUAAAUGAGUUUCUAGUUAAGCACAUUCGUGCCACAGAGGCCAUAGAACGGGUUGCGGGAACGGCCCAAGUCACUUCACGGAACCGAGAUGGAAGGGUCCAAGUCCAUCAAGCAUCGAUCGCCGCGACGGUGUGCCAAGCUUGCCAAGCCUCACACUUCUUACAAUCGUGUCCGACAUAUCUUGCUAAGACGUUGGAACAGCGCAAAGCAUUUGUUACUCAACAACGGCUCUGCUUUAAUUGUUUGGGGUCCCACCAUCGCAAGUCUUGCCGCUCUACUAGACGCUGCGUUACCUGUAAGGCCCGUCACCACUCCACUCUUCACGAAGCGUCCAAGCCGGUCGUCACGACGACUCCGUCGAAGCCGGAGCAGCCGCCCUCCACGGAGCUGGUUUCCGCACCAACGACAUCUCACUUGGCUGCGCACCAUGGACGGAUGCUGCUGGCAACUGCACUAGUCAAGGUCUCGUCUCCUGGUGGCGACGUCUGCGUCGUCCGCGCCCUCCUUGACCAGGGCUCGGAGGUUUCAUUCGCCACGGAGUCGCUCGCGCAGCAGCUCAGCCUUCCACGUCGUCAGGCUAACGUGCCUGUGUCCGGAAUUGGUGCAGGAAGAACAGUGGUCACCCGGGGAUCCUCCACGUUUAAGAUCUCCUCGCUCAAAGAUCCCCCGUUCGACCUCGAGGUAAAUGCACUUAUUCUGCCCAAGCUAACCGAUUACGUUGUAGAUCGCCAGCUCAAUGUCGCCUAUCUGCCCCACCUCCAUGGGAUUCAACUAGCAGAUCCGGAUCCGUCGCGCCCUAGGCGCAUCGAUUUGAUCCUCGGGGUCGAGGUGUACAACGCUGUGCUGCUCCCGGAAGUCAUACGAGGUCCUCCACACACACCCAUUGCUCAGCGAACGCACCUUGGGUGGAUCGUUUCCGGUCCCACGUCGCAUCAGCCCGAUGACGCAUCGAGUGCAGCACCAUCAAGUCUUCAAUGCAGCGUGGACCGCGACCUACUUGACCUGCUACAGCGUUUUUGGGCUCAGGAAGAGUAUUCGACGAACUGUGAGUCCCAAUUGUCUGAAGCUGAUCUGCAAUGCGAACAACAUUUUCAUUUGUGCAGACAUUCAUGA